AUGGUGAGGUUUUCAUAUUUGAAAUGUGUUUUUGGGUCUUCUCCGUACUGGAGAAACGCCGGAAAUUUCGUUGACGAUUUGGGUAUUGCGUUUCGGUUUUUGGGUUUAUUGUCAGCAAGAGCCUUUUCAUCUGCUGGAGAUACCGAAACUCGUAAUGGGCAAAGACAAGAUGGAUUGAAACACGAUCCGUUGAGUGGGUUGCUACAGAUUUUUGGAUUCACUUCUGAACAAGUAGCCAACGUUUCAAAGCAUCUUCCAGAUGCUUACAGUGCUGAGAAAAUUUCUCCAAAGCUUCGAUUUUUACGGGCUAUUAUCGGCUCGGACAAUGACGUCAUUAGAUGUGUGACUGCAAAUCCCAGAGUUCUGGCUUCCAGUUUGAAGAACCAACUUGAACCAAACUACAAGUUCAUGAAAUCAAUUCUUGAGGAUGACGAUUCAGUUGCUAAAUGCAUUAGACGUUCGUCACGUCUCUUAACCUUGGAUCUUGAGGGCAAUCUGGCUGCUAAAGUUUCUUUCCUCAGAGGAUACGGAUUCCCCAAUGCUUCCAUUGCCAAACUGAUGCAGAAUUCUCCAAACACACUUGCAUUGUCCUUUUCAAAACUCGAGGAAACGUUAAAGAAAGCGGAGAAUUUCGGUUUCAUACCGUCCAGCCCCAUGAUCGUCUCUGCUAUCAAGGCGAUCGGCCAGAUAAAUGAAUCAAAUUGGGAGCAGAAACUGGAGGUUUAUAGAAAAUGGGGUUGGUCGGAUGAUGAUUUUGUCUAUGCUUUCAAGAAUUCACCUUUAAUUAUGUGUUUAUCAGAGGAGAAAAUAAACAAGGGGAUGGAUGUGUUCUUGAACAGACUUGGAAUGAGCUCUUCGGAUAUUGCCAGAUUUCCGAAUAUCAUAUUCUAUAGUGUGGAGGAGAGGAUCGUCCCUAGAUGUUCGGUUGUUGCCCUUUUGCACUCGAAGGGCGUUCUUGGUGACAGACCUCUUACCAUCUCUACUUACGCGAGGGCAAUUAAAGAGAAAGAGGAAGCUUUCGUGAAAAGGUUUGUGGAUAAAUAUCCAGAGCAUGUUCUUGAACUUUGGCAAAAGUUUGGUUGUAGAGCCGUUGUUUGA